UAGGGUGAUUCUUUUUUACUCAUAGGCGAGACCCGUGAGUAGGAAAGAGAUAAUCGACAUACAUUGUUUUAUGUAGCUUCAACCUAACCGAAUAUUUUCUACAAAGCUUAUUUACGACGUUUCUCCUUGUCUAUGCUCUAGAUACGCAUCCCGAGCGAUACAUACGGUGAAAAGAGUUUACUGACAAAUGUUUAGUGAAAAUGAAGGAAAACGCUGUACUUAAGUGGCAAAAAGUGUACAAUCCUACUGGACCCCAACCACGACCUAGACAUGGUCAUCGAGCGGUCGCCAUCAAGGAUUUGAUGAUAGUUUUCGGCGGCGGAAACGAAGGGAUAGUUCAUGAGCUUCACGUAUUCAAUACUACAACAAACCAAUGGUUUGUACCUGUUACCAAAGGUGAAGUUCCUCCGGGAUGCGCUGCCUAUGGUUUCGUCGUGGACGGAACGCGUCUUUUAGUUUUUGGCGGCAUGGUGGAGUACGGCAAGUAUUCUAACGACCUUUAUGAACUACAGGCCUCUAGAUGGGAAUGGAAGCAUUUAAAACCACUUCCACCAAAGCAGGGACUGCCUCCCUGCCCGCGUUUGGGCCAUAGCUUUACUCUUCUUAACGGUAAAGUGUAUUUGUUUGGUGGACUGGCUAAUAAGAGUGAUGAUCCAAAGAAUAAUAUUCCGAGCUACCUUAAUGAUUUAUAUACAUUGGAGCUAUACCCAAAUUCGUCAAUGACUGUAUGGGACAUACCAUUAACAUAUGGUCAAUCACCGCCCCCACGCGAAUCUCACAGUGGUGUGGCUUAUACAGAUAAAAAUACUGGGAAAUCAUCACUGAUAAUCUAUGGGGGAAUGAGUGGCUCCCGACUGGGAGAUCUCUGGAUCCUUGAUAUAGAUAGUAUGUCAUGGACUCGACCUGAAUUAGGAGGUAUAUCACCACUGCCACGUUCCUUACACACUGCUACUGUAAUUGGACACCACAUGUAUGUCUAUGGUGGCUGGGUACCACUUGUACCUGAUGAAUCUAAACUAGCAACUCAUGAAAAGGAAUGGAAGUGUACUAAUACCCUUGCAUCACUUAACUUGGAGACCAUGACAUGGGAUGAUAUAUCUCUUGAUAACUUUGUAGAAAGUGUCCCUAGAGCUCGCGCUGGCCAUAGUGCAGUAGCCAUCCAAACUAGACUCUAUAUUUGGUCAGGUCGUGAUGGUUAUAGAAAAACAUGGAAUAACCAGAUUUGCUGCAAGGAUUUGUGGUACUUAGAAGUGGGAGUUCCACCACAAGCAGGGCGUGUGGCUCUGGUAAGAGCUGGAACUACUUCUUUAGAAUUGUGUUGGCCAGCUAUGAAUACAGUUACUACUUAUCUACUGCAAGUCCAAAAAUGUGGUAAAGUGACCCCUGCUAGGUUCCCAUCUGCAUCUGAGCCUGUAACAGCGCCACCACCUGCACCUCCUGUGGCAUCUCAACCAGACGCAGCAAAGGCCUUUGGGUUGAUAUCCCCAAUUGCAACAUUACCUACACCUGAGAUACCUACCCGAUCAACAAUUUCUGCUGCAACUCCUGCACCUACUACACCUCAAAAAAUAGUAUCUGGAUCCAUUAAAGUAGCAGGACAAUCUACUGGUCUCAAGAUAGCUCCAAGCCCUCCAACAAUAAAACAGUCAUAUCCUGGGAAAACAAUUGCCAAAUCACCUGCUCCUGGAUCAUCGCAACAAAUUAAAGUAGCAGCAGUUACACCACAAGGUGUAACAAGAAUUAUGAGCGGAGUAAGCACUCCUGCCACGGUACGCGUUUCAACCCCUCAGUCUAAUGCACAGAUUGUUCUCAGUUCUCCUGUUGGAUCUAGCACACCACGUUUUGUACAAGUUAAGACUGGUACGACUGCAGGAGUCCCUGUAAAACUUGGUGCGGGUAAUACUGUAAAAUUGGCCAGUAACACACUAAAGAUUGGGACUGCAAAUCUCCAGGGUAAGAUAGCAAAUAGUGUUCAAAAAGUUGCUUCAAAUGUUCCAUUAAAGUUAAGUGCUGGCAAUGUUAAAAUUGGUACAAGCAAUGUAUUGGUUAAAUCUGCAGGAGGAGUCCCUAUACAAAGUGGCAUGCAAACAAAAAUAACAGGAGGAGUCCCCGUUAAACUAGGUUCUGGCAAUUUACCUGUUAUUGGCAGCACUGGAGGAACUAUACAGAUAGCCAGUGGUGCUCUUACAGGACAAGGGGGCAAAGCUCCUGUGUAUAAAAUAGUGACUGCAAAAUCUGGUGAACAAAGCACUGUAGUAACAUCUGUGGCAGGCAGUGUGAGUGCUACUGGUGCGACAGUUCUACGACAAACUGGUGGCAAUGCAGGUAUACCUGUUAUUAUAAAGAAGACACCAGGUGCCAAUGCUCAAACAAGUUCUGCUCCACAAUAUGUUACAUUAGUCAAGACCUCAACUGGCAUGACCGUUGCGACUGUGCCUAAAAUGGCAAUGAUGCAAAAUAGACCUGUAGUAUCAAGUGGGGCGCAGGGCCAGGGAAUUUCUCCAGGAGCAACAAUUGUUAAAUUAGUAUCCGCAAAUACUGUAGGAGGUAAUAAGAUAAUCACUUUACCAUCUAAUGUUCUCCAACUGGGUAAAUCAGGAGUUGGUAAUAAGCAAACAAUAGUAAUCACAAAGUCUGCUAACCAAUCACAGCAUGGACAACAGCAGUGAAUGACCCGACCACACUGAAUCUGACCACACAGUGAAGUGUUCUUGAGUGUCUUACUUCUUUUUAAAAGAUGCAAGGUUUCUGGGACUUGUGACACUAUAGAAAAUCCUUAAAACUAUUUAUUAGUUUAUAGUAAGAAACCGUAUGCACUGUAACAGUUUAUUUAGUUUUAGCUUUUAAAUAUUCUGAUUUGCAUUUCAAUGACAUAGGAAAGAAAAUUAAAUAAUUGUGCUGGUUACAUGGUUUGUCACAAUAGAAUAUCUGCAACCCAGUUUACUGCUGCUAAACAUACUGUCUUUUUUGCGUGCAAUUCAGAUAUUUUAUAUACAGUAACUUAAAACUAAAUGUCAAGGGUUUUUUUUUAUUGUUUUGCCUCUCUUAAAUUUUCUUGUCUUCCUGUUCACAGCAGUUUAUUAUAUAAUUCUAAUAAAUAAACUGGUGUAUUAGGCACAAUACCCAAGUGCUAUACUUAAAUUUGAACAAUUGUAAUUAAAGUAACAUAAAAAAUGCACUAUUUUAGUUUUAAUAUGACAAGCCAAGUUAAUGUUGUGGUGGUUAUUUUAUCAUUAAAAAUAGGUUCUGAGGUGUAUUCUGUUGAAUUGCUGAUUUAUGAGACUUAUGAGGCUAUUUGUAUGUUGACAAUCCACUGUUCUGAAUAUCUGGAUGAUUAUGGUUUUAAUGGAAAGCAAAUAUAUAAAAUUAAUUUUCACUGUGCCUAAAAAAUUAUUGGCAAUAUCACUGUAACUUAAUGGUAAUUUUAGAAAAUGUAUUGAACAGCUGAAAAUUUAAAUUUUUACAAAUUGUUUGGUCAAUAGCUAUACUAUAUAUUAAAGUCAAAGCCAAGUGUAUAGUUGGGUGUUAUGAAAACAUAUUGAUUUCUUUGUGAAUUACAUAAAUAAUUAUAAUUGUCUUAUACACAUUUCAAGAGUCAAAUGAUUUUCUUUUAUGGCCUAGCCAAUAGAUUAAACCAAAACACUAUUAAAUUGAAAGCGUCAGUUGCUGAACCUAAGUCUAACUUAAGAAGUUGAAAUUCCAUGUUAGCUUCUGUAUGUAUACAUUUAGUUUUUAAUGCUGCUCGAGCCUACCCUGGAUAGCCUUACUCCUAUCAAAUAAGUAAAUAUUUCAUUUGUUUGAUAUCAUAUUUUAUCUGUAAUUUUUAUUAUGUAAGUUAAGUAAUUGACAUAAUAUAGUAAUAUAUUAUUAAAAAUAUGCAGAAUAUAUUUUCAUGUCACCUAAAUCAAUUAUAAAUUUAAUGCUAAAAUGGAAGCAACAUGUCGAAUUAAUUGGAUUUUUUAUUUUUGUAUUUGAAUUAAAUGAAAGCAUAUUCUGCACACAAACAGUUAAGUUAGUUAUAUUUUAGAAUAUUUAGAGUGAUAAGUAAGAAAGAGAAUGUAAAUAUCAUUAAGUAGGUAAUGUUAUAGUUUGUUCAUAAUAUUAUGUUCAUUUGCUUGAAUAAACGAUUUGGAUAAAA